GACGUCAGCUGGAGGCAGAGCCUGCGGUUUCGGCCGCGCAGCCAAAGCCUUGUGAGAACAUAGUGGAUGCUGGAUUUAUCCCUGCCGCCGCCACCGCCGCCGCCGCUGCUGUUUCUCAGGGGCUGCCAGAGCAUGGACUAUUAAAAACUUGCAUUUCUGCAGUGUGAGUUAAUAUUUUGACACCAAUAUGGGAAAGCAAAACAGCAAACUACGCCCUGAAGUCAUGCAAGAUUUGCUAGAAAGUACAGACUUUACAGAACAUGAGAUCCAGGAGUGGUACAAAGGCUUCUUGAGAGACUGUCCAAGCGGACAUUUAUCUAUGGAGGAGUUUAAAAAGAUAUAUGGGAACUUUUUCCCUUAUGGGGACGCUUCUAAGUUUGCGGAACAUGUAUUCCGUACUUUUGACGCCAAUGGAGAUGGAACAAUAGAUUUCAGAGAAUUCAUCAUAGCCUUGAGCGUAACAUCAAGAGGUAAACUGGAGCAAAAGCUGAAGUGGGCAUUCAGCAUGUACGACCUCGAUGGGAAUGGCUACAUCAGUAAGUCAGAGAUGCUGGAAAUCGUGCAGGCAAUCUAUAAGAUGGUUUCUUCUGUAAUGAAGAUGCCAGAAGACGAGUCAACACCAGAGAAGAGGACAGAGAAGAUCUUCCGCCAGAUGGACACCAACCGUGAUGGGAAGCUCUCUCUGGAAGAGUUCAUCCGAGGCGCCAAGAGCGAUCCAUCCAUAGUCCGUCUCCUGCAGUGUGAUCCCAGCAGCGCCGGGCAGUUCUGAACCUGUUCUUUGGAUGAAUUCUGUAUCUGCUUUUUGUUUUUUCCUUGCCAAACAACAUUCAUGGUAGUGUUGCCUCUGUAUGGCCAAUUAUGCCUUCUUUUGUGGCAUCUUAUAGCUUUUUUGUUGUGGAUUAAUUAUAAGAAUGCUGAAUUGCUCUUAACAAUUUGUCCAGAGCACAGGCAGUACUGUUUUAAACAGAUAUUGUGGUGUUAUCAUUGUUUUAAAUAUUUCAUUUUGUUUUUUGUUUUAAUGUGUCUGUUUUGGAAAGUAUGUGUUGAGAAGGAGGAAACCAACAACAAAACCCUUGGCAGCAAGACACACUGACAGAUUUUUAGAUUGCUGCUUUAGUAGCUGAGUAUUCACUCAUGGGACCUGAAAAUGUAGAAGAGGUUGAACCAAAGGAGUUGCGAUGGGUGGGGUAGAAUUCACCUGGUACCUCCUGUCCUGUCCAGGAGGCACCAGUUAAGGUCAAAGACAGGAUCAGGAAGAAGUACAGAAGUGCAAAACGGGUGCAGGGUGUGUCGUCUGCACCCCUGCUCCUGUGCCUCAUUGUUUCAAUGCUGUGAACAUUUUGCAGGUUGUGAAGGAGAAGGGAAAAAACAAAGAUGGACAUUUUUUCCUGGGUUUACAGUGGUUGGUUUCACAAGGCUUUAUUUGAAAAUUCAGCAAUUUGCAAUCCUGAUCCCCAAAUCCACAACUGACAAUACCUCUUGCCGUUUGGGAUCAGCAAAGGCAGACACAAAUAUGGAAAAGUGGGUCUUGACAAUGAAUUUAGGGGAGAUACAUGUUGAAUGUGAAAUUUUCAGGGUAGUAAUAAAGCAGUUUCUAUUAAGGAGAGCGGGCAUUCAUGUGAGGAACUCACGGACACGCAGCUCCAGCUGAGGCACAUCUGCUGUUCUGAAUGCUCUUGCAUAGUAUGAAGUUUGGGGGAUGUUUUUGUCUCUCUUCACAUAGCUAACAGAGAUUCUGAGCCUGCUCUUAGGGGAAGGCUGUCAUCAAAACUUGUUUUAAACAUAAAAUUGUAGCAUUUAUAUUUCAUUUAUUUUAGUAAAGUUCAGAAAAUCUGUGCUGAAAUGAGGAAAUGGUACGCUUUAUGGUAUAUUUAUAUAUAUAAAAAUUAAAACAAAAAAAAGAUCAGCUCUUGAGAGAAAUGAUGAAUGUUUAUCUUUUCGCCUAGAUGCAGGAGUUCUGAAGUUUGCUGCUGCAAAACUUUAUCCUUUGGUCAAAGUUACUGUAUGCAAAGCUAGUACACAUAUGUGGGAUUUCUUAGGGACUUUACAAGCGCUGCUGCAACAGAAAAGCUUUAGCAACAGGAGGCAUUAUGCUGACUAAAUUGGCAUUAAUCUGUCAUUAGCUAAAGUCUGCUCUGUGAUCCUGUUGGAGAGGUACCCAUGUAGGCAGUGCACAGCAUUGGGAAUUUGUGAGCUCGUUAGAGUAACCUUUGCCUGACAGGCAAGGUUGGCAUUUUGUCAAGUGACCUUGUAGAUGCUAAUCCCCAGUAGCCUUAAUUUAAAAUAAACUAAGUAAAAUAAGUCUGCUUUGCAGAUGAUUAUUAGCUAACGACUAAUUAGAAGACAUGAAUAAGUAGCUGAGUAUGAAUAAUUUUUUGUUGAACACUAGCUUGCAUGUACAAUAAGUGAGAGAAAUAAUCCUACACUUAAUUUUUCCGUACCAUUUGCUUUGCCUGGUGUGAAGUGCAGAGCACAUUAAAAUAAAAUAAAAAUAAAUUGAAAACAACAUCGCUAAUCAGUUGUACUAAAAUUAUUAUGAGUGGCCAAUUACACUCAAUAAAUAUCUUCAGGCACACACCUUUGUCUCGAAUGAUCACAGAAACCCAGCUGAUGAUAUAUUGCCAUUAUAUUAAUCAAAAUACCAAGCAGAGAUGGGGGGGGGGGGGGGGGGGGGGGAAUGAAAAAGCAAAGAAGGCCCAACCACAGACACAAACAGAUUUCAAUAUCUAGCACUUUUAGCUGCUACAAGCAUCACUGGCAAAUUUUGCACCAGUUCUUCCAGUUGAUGGAAGUGUUCCCUAUCUUUUCCUCCCUAAUCUUCAUUAGACACCCUGUGCACAAAUCUAACCCUUCAAAGGAGAGCCUGUGCCUACUUUCUUCAAGGCAAUUUUCUGCUUUACCUGGAGGCAUUCUGGCUGUCUCUCCUGCAUCCGUCACCUCAUCUAUAUUGAAAGCCGUGCUCCUCCUUGAGUGCUUUGAGGGUAGUUUUUCAGCAGGAUGAGCCUGACCAGACUGCUGGGGAUUGCUGCAGGAAGGUCAGUGGACAUGCAUUGACCAACACCCCCUCUGUCAGACAGGAGCACCUGGUCCCACUGCCCCAGCACUCCUGGGGUGCUCCAUCAUCACCACUGCGUGAGCAGGACUAGGUGACGUUAGAGGAACCCUGCUGAACUUCUAACCUACCAGCUGAUCCAAAGCAGCCCAGACCUAUAGAAGCUGGCAUUUACUGAAGGUGAACUUGGGUACCUUCUACAGUUCCAUCUUCUUCUUAAUGUUAUGAAAGCAGUUGCAUGUGACUGAAGCUUUUAAAAAGUUGCCUUUUUUUUAAGCAACCGUGUUCUGUGUCUGUAGUUUUAGAAGAUAUUUCUGGCCCAGAACCUAAUCUCUCAGUUUGUUUUUGCUCAGUAGUUUUUGGGCUUUGGGGCCAGGCUUGCUUCACGUGUUAACACUGUAAAACACAUGUUUGAAAACACAACUUGCAAUAUGACCCCAGGCCAGCAGAGAUGUAAUACUUCCCACAGUUCACAAAAUCUGUAAGAAUAAGAAUUAGCCUACAGCUGCAGAGGUCGUAACUGGAGAUAAGACUAUUGUAUAAACAUUUACAGAGUGAACUAAGGUUAUUAUUUUACCUGACUAGCACUGAUGAUCGGUAUUGUUUUAAAUUAUUAACUAUCCCUUUCUUUCUUUGCCUCUGCAUGUACUUUAAAAGUGAUCCAUAGCUGGAGUUGUGAUAGAAGCGCCUGCAGACCUCAGAUCAGCAGGCCAGCAGUGGUGCCUCGGAUUGGAAAUUUCUGCUUUGCUGCCAUUCGUAUUUGCAAUCAUAACUACCUUCAUAAACCUUCUGAAGACAAAAUUACCUUUCCUGUAUAAAAUAGCACAGCAAUCCAGACACUUUCAAGCAAUCAGUUAGCAAUAUUUCCAUACAGGAAGGAUGGCAGACAGCACACACUGUUUAACAUCGCCUCUCAAUUUUGUGAAUGCAUUCUCCAGUAUUAGUUGCAUGUGAAAGAGGCAACCUUCACCCAUGUGUUGUCCAAAUGAAUUAAUGAGUUCAUCCUGCAUGUAGAUGGAAUGCAUGGAAAAUCCCAGUCCAUUUAUCCAGCAUUCCCAGUCAGCUUCCCAAACUCUGGGCCAAAAGAUGUGAAGUGAGGACUAUGGCUUGAGCGCUCUGCAGCAGCCUGACUUUGCUUUGGGGUGCUUUGGGAAGGAAAAAGGGAACACAAUCCUUGUAAAACCAGCAUGCAUGUGUUUUUGUGAGCACUUAUGGUUUAAGAGGGACUGCAGAAAGAUCUAUGUUUUAACAUUGUUCGAAGCCCUGUGAAUUUACAGCAGUGGAUGUUCCUCAGUUACACAGAGCUGCACUGUUCCUCUUGCUGUUCUUAGGAGCUUGUAGGAUUUUCAUCUUAUUGUUGGGGCUUUUUGUCCUUUGUUGUUCUCUGUUAUAAGGCAUGACCUCCACAUUUUCUAGACACUGCUGCUUAAAACAGUAAGCCAGAAGUGCGUAACUUCUGUAGCUGGACGAGGUCUAUGUGCAGAACUGUUGCACACCAGCACAAGAAGUGGUCACACAAGACCAAGUCCCCACGGUUUAAUAACUGCCCCUGGGAGCUGAGCCCCAGGACUUUCCGGCGUGUGCUCUCUUCACUGAUGGCAAACGUGCAAUAAUGUGGCUUAGCUGAAUUCUCUUUCACCGCAGACCAGGCUAAGUCGCAUUACCUUGCAUUUGCUGUGGGCUGGAAGCACACACAUGGGUGCAAACCUUGGCUCAGCUGACUCAUGGAAACUUGGUGAACUGUGGUAAAUUGAUGUUGAGCCCUAAUCCACAGACUAAGCUGAGAUGAGAACGUGGCCAUGGCCAUACGUGUCUCCGUACAUGUGAACUGGGGAACACGGUGACAACUGGCAGGUCCCUGGGGACACGUGGCAGUGAGGAGGGAAUCUCCUGCCUCAGAAUGGAUGUCCUGAGCUCAGCUGUCUCCCUUCUUUUAAAACUCUCUCUCUUGUUUUUUUAGCAACACUGGUGAAGAUGCAACAUGAUAGCAAUAUAGCACAGUCAGGAUAAAGGAGGCAUCCUUCAAAAGAGUUUCCUUUUGAAGCCUAGUGUUCAAGCACCAAGUGAAACAAGCAGAGGGGAGGGCUGGACAAGACCUCCUGAACACUGGCUCCACCGGCACCUCCUUUUGUCUUUUUCAUGGUGCUCCCUUGGUUUCCUGGUGAAGCAGUCCUUGGACUCAGGAGUUAGAUGUCAGGUAACUGGUGCAAGACUGGUGAAGAAGAAUAUUCACCUGCCCUUUGCACAAGCAUUUGGAUGCAUUUUUGCUCUGUGUCUUACUGGGUGGGAUCUCAUGUAGGAGUCUUAAAGUGGGGGAAGUCGGUUUCCUUGGUAUCACGGGCAGAACUUGUGCUUAGAAAUGCAGAGAAACUUGGCAAGCAUCAGAGAGCCGAGCAACGCUCAGAGCUGCAUGCGGAGUUUUCCAUUGACUGUGCAGGAGGCAGAUAAGAUACAAAGCAGAGAUAUGUCAGACUCAUGGUGUGAUGUGCUCUGAGAUAAGGCUAGACCAGAAAUGGCACUUUCUAGCUGAGCAGCCCUGCUGCAUAUUCAGUCAGCGGUACUGACAAAAUACACUUUCAGCAUGAGCAUGCAGCUGCAGGAGUAGAAUAAGUCUGCUCUUUCUUACAUAUAGGCCACAGAGCUGUUCGCCAUGUCCUAGUUAGGAGUCAAACAAACAACUCCCAGGAGGAGCAUAAGACAUUUCUUAAGUGUCACUGAGGGAAAAAUAUUGCCUGCAGGGGCUUCUUCCUGGUCAUGGCAGACAAGAAGGGAAAGCUCCAUUUGACUCUCAAAGCCCAGGUGCCAUUUUGCAGACUGGAGAAGGUGGGAACAGCAGCUGUGUUUUCAGCACACGGAGGGAAAAAGCAGCAGGGUUUGUAAAUGGGCAUGGAAAGCAGUGGCAGUAGAAAUUGGGACCAUCACUGAGGGGCUGCAGAAGCCUGGCAUUCAGAGCAGUAGAACAAUCAGUCGGAUGCAAAGUCAAUCUCGUCUCUUGCAGAAACCAUCCCUGGCUGCCACGGGUGUCUCAUUUAGCAGCACCCCUUAUUCCAGCCUGGCUUUUGCUGCUGUUGCUUCCAAAUCAUCCACAUUGAGAAGUUGUUUCAGGGGUGUGGAUUUUCACAGGAUAAGAUAUAAAGCUUUUCAGAUAUACUCUCCAUACCUUAACAAGUAACAGCUGGAAUAUCCAGAUGUGAAGGGAUUCUUGUAAUGUACAGAUUUGAUUUCCUCAUUGCUCCCACAGGUCGUGUUAUUUUAAUGUGUAUAGUUGGGAUUAAGCUAUCAUGUAAAAUGCUGACUAAUGCACAAUAAAUAAGGCAAAAAAGAGCUUGGGUUGUAGUCAACAAUGUGAAAAGACUAGAGAAGUUAAAAACUGUAAGAGACAUCACUGCCUUUAGGUCAGGUUCUGAAUCCACAGGGUGAAACCCCCUUAGCAAUAUUCAGCACAGAAUAGCUCCUCUGCACCAGUCCCAUCUGUGGGACCUCCUGGGCUGCUUCGUCCCCACGUCAUCAUGUGCUGAGGCUGGGACUCUGGGUCCUGCCACAGAGAUGGUCAUCUGAGCUUAUUCAGCCUGCUGAGUGCUUCCCAGAUCUCGAAGCACAGGACGGCCACCUCCUCGGUAGUGUUCGCUUACUGUGCAGCUGAGAUAUGUCUUAGAUCUUCACCUCUUGCCCUGAUCUUAUACCAAAGAUGUUCUCACCUUCCCAGGGCAGGUGCUCAGGGGGUCUGGCUCUCCGAGGCUUUGUGCUCACCUCCCUGUUGCCAUCCCUACCCUCUAUAUGAAUGAAUAACAAACACCAGCCCUGGCAUCUGGAGGAGCCAGGCUCGAUGCACUUACAUGGAACAGCUUCUGAUUCGGUUCCCAGCCUUUAGUCCUCCUGUGUAUACCUUGCCAACCACACUAUUUAUCUCCUAUUAUUAAGUAAUGGCAGUAUUAAACAUUUCAGGAACACACUGAACCUCUGGAACAAUCUGUUUUUCAUUACCACGUAUGUGUUUGUUGAUGCACUGCAGACUGAACCUGACCGGUGCUCACUGUCUGCUCCCAUGGUUUAUUCUACAGAAAGCUGAUUUCUUCCAGGCAGGAGCAGUAAGCAGUAUCUUCCUAUGCAUCACCGUUCAGCGUGCAGUGCCCUGAUGCUGCCUGGAGCACCCAGAUGCUGUGUACCAAGAGAUAAUUUUGGCACAGUACUGUCAGGCAAAAACUCUUCCUGCCAUCUGUCAAAAACACGUGCCAAGGGUGUGACCUCUGGUUUUCUCCUCCCUGGGGUCAGGGGUUUCAGUGGUAUUCAGGGUUGGCCUCACGUUGCCCCACCAAAUGGGAUGAUGGUGAUUAGUAAACCCACCUGAGAAAAUCCUCUUAAAUUCUAAGCUUCGUUUUUGCUGUUAAUUGGCUGCGCUCAGAGAGAAGAUUAAUGGUCCUAUGUGAUUGUUUGGGGGAGAACUUGCAGUUCCUUGCCACACCACCUUUUUAUUUCCUGUCAUUAGCUUACUCCCAUUUCCAGGGCAACCAAAUAGGUUUUAUUAGUAUCUGGGAGAAAAAGAAAGAAACAGAGUUUCAACCUGAUAAGGAUCUAAGGAAGCUUACUAAAGACAUUGCGCUCCAUGUUAGUCAUAUGAAUGCUCUACAAGAUCAUGUUUCUUUGGUAUUUUGUGUUUAAUGCCCUUAUUCAUGUUUUAGUUGUGUUCAUGAUUUAUUUGUUUAUUUUGGAUCCUCUUAGAUUCAGCCCUGCUCGUUGUUUAGCUCAUGUGCUAGCAAAAGCCCUAAUGAUCCCAAGAGCAGAGCUGCCUGAGCAAUUACUAGCGAGGUGGGCUCACUGUGCCGAGUGAAAAUGAAGUGCUUAAUUACGUUAGGGAUUAUUUUUGACUGCACAUUUGCUGUGAGGAGACAGAUUGAGCCACAUUUCCAUACGCUUAACUCUUCCACUUGCUCACUUCAAUUCCAUCCAAGCAGUCUUGUAGUUAAUAUUUGUAUAUUCAGUUCUAUUUUGUUCUUGAACCUGAGGUGACCAAUAUUGGCCUCUUCUGACAGAAGUACUUGGUACCCUUUGAUUUUUAAAUAUUGCCGAGUGAAUGACAUGAUGGAUGCAAAAGUAAAUAGUUAUACAUUUGUUUGUGUAAAUUUGGGCAGAUAUUUUUGAUGCUGUAGAGACUAAUAAAUUGAGAUAAACCAUGGCCAAAAGCUGAAUGGAUCCAAGUGCCCAGUUCCUGUUUAAGUCCAUGACCAUUCCUAAGGAAGAGCUUUCUCAUUUCUGUUCCCUCAGGCUGUUUCUACAUUGCAGCAUAGAGUAGAGAUACCAAAUCUAACUUUAAAUAAGCUACCACGGGCAGACUAACUGCAGCAGCAUGGAGUUCAGCAUAUCCUGUGUCUUGGCAAAAUUAGAUACCUCUCUAGAAGAAUGCUUUGUAAGCAAAACCUACAUAUCCUAAGGAAGACUUUUAGAACUCAGAAAGGAGGGACAACUAUGAAUUAAAUUAAUGUGGUCUGCAUAUAGUUUUCUUAUGGCUGUCUAGAAUAGCUAUUGUCCUGCGUGUAGUUGCCUAUAGCUAUUGUGAUGUGUUAAUUUUUCCCCCUGAUUCUGUUGUAAGCUCAUCUGGUGAUAUUCUGAGUCUCCAGCCAGUUCUCAGCCAGGCAAAGCCCACAGAAAGGACAUCUGGAGAUGAGCUGCCUUCAGGAAGACUGAGGGCAGCUCUCGGGAUUUGUCCCUGUGCUGUUGCAUGCUUUGGGAGCGUGUACCUGCAGAGCAACGCAUUACACCUACCUGGUAAAAUGGAAGUAGAUGAUCAGGCCAUCGGAGGAGACAGAGAAUUUGGCGGAGGGUUGUGUAUGUGUUUUCUGCCCCCCAGCACGCGCACCGCUCCCCCUGCUAUUUACUUGCAGUUAGAACCUUUCUUGAACUCUUAGUGUCGGAGUAAAGUUUUCUUAUGCUGAUAAUGUAUUUGUAUUAUGCAAUGUACUCAGAAAAAAAACAGAAGAUUAUCUCUCUAUGACUGUCCUCUUCUCUUGAGAAGCUGUUCUCUUCUGUACAUAUGAUAUGCAGAAUGUAUGGGUCUUGCAUUUUUAAGACUGUACUAAUUAAUGUGUGAUACUAUUGUGGUUUUGUAGUGGCAUCUUUGAUGUAAGAUGUAAAAAAUAUUUAAAAGGAUUUUUUUUUAUUGUUCAGCUUUUAGAGAUAGCACCAAGGACUGCAUGUUCACUAGAACCAGCCUUUUGCAAGGGCUGUCAUAGCUGUACACAGGCACUGGUGUUUCACCCGGAGCAUAGUACCUGCGUUCUCGUUUUAAUAGGGGUCAGUUUUGAGUGGAAACUUAAUUCUUCCUGAAAAGCCUAGUUUUCUGUCUUUCCCUCUCUCAGACUCAAGCUUCCCACUCCUGUGCUGGGUGCCAGUCCCAGCCCCAGAAGGAUACCCAGCCGGGGAGUCCCACUUGCAGCACCCCGCUGGCCCCAGCAUCAGGCUUCCUUAUCCCUUAGCUCACCCCUGUGCACACUCAGUUUUCCUUGGGACUGCUGGCUAUACCAGAACAAAACGGAUAGGUUCAUAUUUUAAGACCAUUUUUGCAUGUCACUUUAAAAUUAAUUAACUAAAAUUUUGAAGAGUUAAGCAAAUAAGGAAAAGAGGAGCCUGAGUGGCAGAUUUGGCAUCAGAAUCUUACUGGAGUGCUUAAUAUAGUGAGAAGUUGGGUCAGUCCCUAAAAGGCAGGACCAAUUCGGGGGCUUAGGUCUACAUUUCUUGUCAGGUUUGGAAAAGGAAGAAGGGCUUGGAUCUAGCCUUUCAGGCAGGGCUGACUUACUCAGCAGAUUGAGUCUGAGAGAUGCUUCUCCAGAUCAUGUCCUGGGCCAAAAGACAAGACAUGCUACAGCUUAGGGGUUUUUGUUCUUUUAGUUUUUUUUCUUUUUAAUAGAGAAAGCAGUUCAAACUGCACCUGGCAAAAUGACUGACUUCAAAAGCAUGUUUUUCCUUGUUAUAUAGACACUCACAAAACAGCAUUGUGUGGUUAAAAAGGCGCAUUUGUGAUAGUUUCUUUUUCAGUGCCAAAAUAUAUAAGCAGUAUUGUCUGAAGGGAAAUAAGAAUUUUUUUACUGUAUUGUUAUUACUGUUGAACAAAUAUUGUUUUUAAAUGUUAGAUUUUGAAGACUUUUGUAUUGUAAACUGUUUUGUGACAUGGUGCUUUUUCAUACUGGAAUUACUGAUUGCACCUAAAUAUGAAUUAUUUUGUUUUCUUAUAUAAAUAUGUAACCUUGAACAAUCUUGAUGAAAACCAAUGUAUGGUGGAUACUGACAGUUCAAAUUCUCCUACUGAAAUCCCCUAAAUGUUCUUUCCUACUAAUAAUAAAUAUUCUGCUGCAGCUA